AUGGAAGGAGUUCUACAUGGUGGUGGUGGUGGUGGUGAAGGCACAAGCUUUAGGGACUGUUUGGCACUGGCAACCAAAAACCCUUAUAUUCUCCGGCUCGCCUUCUCGGCCGGCAUUGGCCGCCUUCUCUUCGGCUACGACACCGUGAGCACGGCGCUAGCCGGCGCCAUCAUCGGCGCGGCUGUCGGCGGCUGGUUCAACGAUAGAUACGGGAGGCGCACGGCCAUCCUGGUUGCCGAUUUCCUCUUCUUCGCCGGCUCCGUCCUGAUGGCCGCCGCCCCGGGUCCCGCCGUCCUGAUUGUCGGCAGGGUUUUUGUGGGCGGCGGCGUGGGGAUGGCCUCCAUGACCUCGCCGCUGUACAUCUCCGAAGCUUCUCCGGCGAAGGUCAGGGGCGCGCUGAACAGGGCAGAGAAGCCGAAGCCGAAGCAAUCCUCCGAAAAAUCUACCCUCCCGAAGAAGUCGAACCCGAGAUGGAAGCCCUUCGCGACUCCGUCGAAAAAGACUCGUCCGAAAAAAAAAACCACCUUAAUGCAGCUCGUUCGCACAAAAAACACGGUCCGGCGCGCGCUUUUUGCCGGCGUUGGCCUUCAGAUUUUCCAACAAUUUGUCGGCAUAAACACCGUAAUGUACUACAGCCCGACCAUCGUCCAGCUGGCGGGCUUCGCGUCCAAUCAGACGGCCCUUUUGCUGUCGUUAGUCACGGCUGGGCUUAACGCGUUCGGUUCGAUUGUAAGCGUGUACUUCAUAGACCGGACUGGAAGGAAGAAGUUGUUGAUCGUGAGCUUGUGUGGGGUUGUGGUCUCGCUCGGGGUUUUGUCGGGCAUUUUUCACGAGACCACGGUUCGGGCACCAGCUGUGAGUGCAGUCGAGACGAUGUCGAAUUCUUUUGGUUCGUACGCGUGUCCCGAUUAUCGGUUGGCGGGUCGUCACUCGUCCGAUUGGGACUGCACGACGUGCCUCAAGGCUUCUUCGGGUUGCGGGUUUUGUUCGUCGUCCACGAGCAAGUUGUUUCCGGGAGCAUGUUUGAUGUCAAACGACACGGUCAAGGGUUUGUGCCACGGCGAACAUCGAGAGUGGUACACUAGGGGUUGCCCUAGUAGCUUCGGGUGGGUAGCCCUAAUCGGUUUGGCAUUGUACAUCAUCUUCUUCUCGCCCGGGAUGGGCACUGUCCCGUGGGUCGUCAACUCCGAGAUAUAUCCGCUCCGUUUCCGUGGGGUCGGGGGAGGGAUAGCAGCAACGGCAUCGUUGUUUUUCGUGCUCGUCUGUGUGCCCGAAACGAAAGGGCUCCCGAUCGAGGAAGUCGAAAAGAUGCUCGAGACAAGGAGUUUGCAUUUCAAGUUUUGGAAGAAAAGGGGUGCCUCGAUGAAGGGAGGCGAUGAAGUGUGA